GCACGCCGGGACGCGCUUCUUCCUCCGCGCCGCGGCGACCAUGUCCAUCGGGGUGCCCAUCAAGGUGCUGCACGAGGCCGAGGGGCACAUCGUCACCUGCGAGACCAACACCGGCGAGGUCUACCGCGGGAAGCUCAUCGAGGCCGAGGACAACAUGAACUGCCAGAUGUCGAACAUCACGGUGACGUAUCGCGACGGGCGCGUGGCGCAGCUGGAGCAGGUGUACAUCCGCGGCAGCAAGAUCCGCUUCCUGAUCCUGCCCGACAUGCUGAAGAACGCGCCGAUGCUCAAGAGCAUGAAGAACAAGAACCAGGGCUCGGGCGCCGGGCGCGGCAAGGCCGCCAUCCUCAAGGCGCAGGUGGCUGCAAGAGGAAGGGGACGUGGAAUGGGGCGUGGCAACAUUUUCCAGAAGCGGCGAUAACUUAGGAUCAAACUCUGCUUUGGUGAACAAAAAAUUGCGCUAAACUGUAACUUGUGUGUGCUUUAAUAAACAUGUUUCUUACAAAA